GCGGCGUCUCUGGCUGGCCGGCCGACCGCCUCCCUUCCCCACCAGGCAGCGGCGAGGCGCAGCGCAGCCCAGGAGCGCGCGGCGACGAGGGCGCACGAGCCGCUGGGACCGGGCCGGUGCUGCUGGUGCUGGUGCCGGGAGGCUGGGCGGGGGAUGGCGGACGGGCCCCCAGCCGGCCUCCCCCCCUCGGGCUCCCCCCGGCCCGGGCCCGUCCGCGCCCCGCCGCCCCCCACAGCCGGCAGCCAGCUCAGCCCCCUUCGCCGCUCGGGGGGCUCCGCUUGCAGCAGCCGCGACAACUCGGCCGAGAGGGACCCCCCCGGCCUGGCCAGGACCGCCCCCGCCGCCGGCAUCAUGAAGGACGGAUCUCGCCAGCGCUCCCUGCAGAAGAAGACUGUCUCCUUCAGCACCAUGCCGAGCAGCCGCAAGCUCAGCAGCACAGCGGCCUGCAUCUCCUUUAUGCUGGAGGGCUGCGAGAUGAAGAAGGUGCGCUCCAACUCGCGCAUGUACAGCCGGUUCUUCGUGCUGGACCCUGACCUGCGUUUCAUGCACUGGGAGCCGUCCAAGAAAGACUCUGACAAAGCCAAGAUCGAGAUCAAGUCAGUCAAGGAGGUGCGCGUUGGGAAGAAGACUCCCAUCCUGCGCUCCAAUGGCCUCUCGGACCAGUUCCCAGAUGAGUGUGCGUUCUCCAUCAUCUACGGAGACAACUAUGAGUCCUUGGAUCUCGUAGCGAGCUCUGCCGACGUGGUGAAUGCGUGGGUCAUGGGGCUGCGGUACUUGGCAUCCUAUGGAAAGCACACUCUGGGGGGAGCUCCCGAGACCAGCCGUCCGAACCCCCGCACCUCAUGGGUCUCCUCUGUCUUCGACAUUGCGGACUUGGAGAAGGAGGGCCGAAUCCCAGUUUCUCGGGCCAUGCAGCUCAUUCGGGCCCUCAACCCUGGUAUGAAAGCCUCUAUGAUCGAGCUGAAGUUCAAAGAGCUCCAGAAAGCAGCCAGCGAGAAGCCCAGGGAAGAGGUGAGCUGUGAGGUCUUUGUGGAGGCCUACUGUGAGCUGUGCACCCGGCCUGAGGUAUUUUUCCUUCUGGUCCAGUUUUCCAGCAAUAAAGAAUACAUGGGCUUGAAGGAUCUCACAAUCUUCUUAGAGGCAGAGCAGGGCAUGGAAGGGGUGACCGAAGAAAUGUGCAUGGAGAUCAUCAGCAAAUACGAGCCGUCCAAGGAAGGCCGAGAAAAGGGUUACUUGGCCAUCGACGGCUUCACUCGCUACCUCCUCUCGGCCGACUGCUCCAUAUUCGACCCGCAGCACCGCCGAGUGUGCCAGGACAUGAGCCAACCGCUGUCUCAUUAUUUCAUCAGCUCUGCACAUGGAGCGUGUCUGGCUGAGGACAGUUGUUUCUGGGGGGGCUCAACCUCGGACAUUGGGGGUUACGUGGCGGCUCUCAAGGCUGGCUGCCGCAGCUUGGAACUGGUAGUAUGUGACGGCCCUUCCGGAGAGCCAGUGGUCGGUGCCGGUGCCCGCUUGGCUUUCUCGAGAGUGGUGGGCGCUGUUGCGGAAUAUGCCUUCGAAGCAUCAGAGUUCCCUCUCAUCCUGUGCCUCUCUGUGCACUGCUGCUGUGCACAGCAGAGGGUGGUUGUGGAACAUCUGAGGAAGACUUUUGGGGACAAGCUGUACCUGGUGCCCCCAAAUCCCAAUGAAGGAUAUCUUCCCUCUCCAGAAAGGCUCAAGAGAUGCGUCCUGAUCCAAGGCCGGAAGCUGCCUCCCAGCUGCCAGUCGAGUGAGGGGGAGGUAUCUGACGACGAGGAGACGUCAGAGCUAGGACUGCUGCCCAGCGAGGAGCGUCGGGAGCAGCCCCACCACCGACGGGUCCUGUGCCAUGAGCUCUCUGACUUGGUGAGCUUGUGCCAGAUGGUUUCUUUCCAAGGCUUCGAGGCCUCUCGACGAGUCCAACGCUAUUGGGAAGUGUGUUCCUUCAGCGAGGUGGAAGCCGGGCGAUAUGCCAACGAGGAGCCAGAAGAUUUCGUGGCCUACAACAAGCGCUUCCUAUCGCGGGUUUAUCCCAGCCCUAUGCGCAUUGAUGCCAGCAACAUGAACCCGCAGGACUUCUGGAAGUGCGGCUGCCAGAUGGUCGCCAUGAACUACCAGACCCCAGGCCUCAUGAUGGACCUGAAUGCGGGCUGGUUCCGCCAGAACGGGAGCUGUGGCUAUGUCCUGCGUCCGGCCAUUAUGCGCGACGAGGUGUCCUACUUCAGCGUGAACAGAAGGGAUGCUUUCCCCGGCAUCUCGGCCCAACUGCUACACCUCAAGAUCAUCAGUGGGCAGAAUCUGCCCAAGCCCAAGGGCUCUGGUGCCAAGGGUGAUGUGGUGGAGCCAUAUGUCUGUGCUGAGAUACAUGGCAUCCCUGCAGACUGUAUUGAGAAGCGCACUAAGACGGUGCUGCAAAGCGGGGACAACCCUGUGUUUGAGGAGAGUCUGGAGUUCCAGGUGAACCUUCCUGAGCUGGCAAUCCUCCGGUUCAUGGUGCUCGAUGACGAUUACAUCGGGGACGAGUUCAUCGCGCAGUACACCAUCCCCUUUGAAUGCCUCCAGACGGGUUACCGCCACGUACCCCUCCAGUCUAUCUCUGGUGAUGCCCUCCCCAACGCGACUUUGUUUGUGCAUGUGGCCAUCACCAACCGGAGAGGUGGGGGCAAAGCGCACCGGCGGGGGCUCUCAGGGCGCAAGGGACGGCGCAUGCGGGAGUACACAUCCACAAAGGCCACAGGAAUCAAGGCCAUAGAUGAGGUGUUCCGCACCGCCACUCCACCGUUGCGGGAGGCGACAGACCUGCGGGAGAACAUGCAGAACGCUCUGGUCUCCUUCAAGGAGUUGUGCGGCUUAACACCAGCAGCCAACAUCAAGCAGUGCAUCUUGAAGCUGGCCACGUGGCUACAACCCAGUGAGAAGGAGAGCCCCCCGGCUGUUACCCUGAACCUGGGCGAGGAGUACCCUUCCAUGGAGGCCCAGGGGCCCGUCCCAGAGCUGCUACGGAAAGUGCUUGCUGCCUACGACACUAUGAUCCAGACAAGUCGGAUGCUAAUUGAGUCGGCCGACGCUGUUCACGCCAAGAUUAUUCAGGUGCAACAAGCAGGGAUGGGUUUUCACAAAGAGCUACACCGGCUGGAGGUGAAGGAGGGUCUGAAAGGGCGGAAGCUGCAGAAAGCACUGGAGAGUUUUGCCUGGAACAUCACAGUCCUCAAGGGCCAGGCUGAUCUGCUCAAACACUCCAAGGCGGAAGCGCUGGACACACUGUGGCAGAUCCACAAUGCCGCCCAGUCCUGCGGCAUUGGGCGCAACGGAGCUGCCUCCCCUGACCUCUUCCGCAGCCGAGCCGUCCUGGAUCCCAUCCAGGAAACUGACGGAGGAGGCAGUGACACAGGAUCUUCCUGACCCGGAAUAAAUAAGGACAGAGGGGAGCAAGUCCGUGGACACAGCAAGGGCUGUACAGAGACGACUGGAAUGUGACAGGUUUUUUUUUAAAAAAAUAGACAUGUGAGCACAACAUCACCACCAUCACAGUGGGAGGGGAAACUGGUGGAUUUCUCAAACGUUUGUAUGAGCUGCAGCUGGGGGCAAGGUGCCAAUUUCGAAUUCUUCACCAUUUUAAGGGUGAAGACCUGGUCUCUGGGGUGCAGCCACAAAAAUUCUCCCACACAAGCUCCACUGCUGCUGAGAAAGCAAAAGGGCCCCCUUUGACCACCCCAUAGGGCUGUGCUGGAUCACAAGACCUGCAUGGGCAAAAUGCCAUGUAGGGUGGAAGCUUUCGUUCGGAAAGGAUUUUGCAGAACUGAGUGAAACAUUGGCUGAGUCCAACCCAUUGUUAAGAACGGGAGCUGCUGUGUUUCUGUGCCAAUUCUGUAGAUUCGAGAGAACUUUUUCAGACUGGACUUCAGAGACCUUGAGGGGAGAGGCAGGGUGUCGGGGGUGAGGGAAGCAACAGACCCUGGAAGAACAACCAAGAAGCAAGGAUACAGAAGUCUUUUAUAGCAGUCUGGCCAAGCAGCCGGGCUUUCUUAGGCCAUUAAAAUUAGUGGACUUAGAAGGGAAUAGCUCCAUUUAGGAUUGCACAGCAAGAGUGUCCUAUGUUCUGGCCAGUUAGUGUGAGGAGGGGACCUUCCUUGGCUGGUCUUGCUGCUGCUGGCUGGAGGCUCAGAGGCCUAAUAUUCCUUGAGUUCCCAGCUCAAUUCCCACAGUAAACAUGAACCCAAAGGACCUGGCACACAGCAGGUGUGUGUCCCUCAUUGCUUGGCGAGAGAUAAUUGCUACUUGCAAUUUCUUGGCCCAGUCCUGGUGACAGCUCUCCCCCUUCCCCCCUUCACGAAUUCUGAAACCUAAUUCACCAGCAGGAUGGGGAUGGUGGUGAAAGCCAGAGGCCAGGCAUGGAAGCCGCAGGACCCUCAUAUCAAAGUUAGGCAGUUCUCUGAGGCGUGGACUUUUCUCAGGGCACAGUGACUGUGGAGGAGAAUGGCCUAAAGAGAAGGAUUCCUGGUAGUUCUCUCCCCCCUCCAGUUUUUAAGUCAACCAAAAAUUUUGUUAGGGUGGAGUAGGGAGAAUCUCAGAUUCCCAUUCUAAUAACAACCCCCCCCCCCCCCCCGAUUUAUAAUUUGCCUCACUUAAAUUUUAGUAGAUUAUUGCUUUGGAGGGAGAUUUCCACAAAACGUCGAAUGUAGCCCACCGUCCCCAAAAGGGUGCACCUCAAAAUCAAACUGGAAAGUUUUGAUAUUGGACAUUUUGGAUGUGAAUGUUGCCAAGCUGUGCAUUAGCGCAAACUUUUGUUGUAGUUCCACACAUGUCACUCUCUUUUCUUUUUCCCAUGUUUUGAGCAGCUGUGGUGGGAGGCAGGGAGGCAUGGCUGAGAUAAUGCAGCUGGUCCCUGCUCUCCCACUUAUCAGGCCUGGGAGGUUUGUUCUUAAAUUGAGAAGGCUGAAUUCUGUUGACAAUAAAGCCUGAGGUUCUCUUUCA